AUACACUGAUGUAAUCAUUGAUUGGGACAUUCCGGUUGCAAUAAUGGGACAUCCCGAUUCAAUAGGGGAGCGAAUCGGAGCCUUGGGGACUCACUCACUCAAUAGAUCGCCAUGGCGUUAAUCCAGCUAUUUAUCGCUCUCCUGUUCGUCCUCGUCAAAGAAGGUUCAGCAUCUGGCAGUUGGACGUAUGAGCCGGAUGGCGAGCCUCCGUCUACAUGGUACAAAGUGUUCCCGGCAUGUUCCAAGAAGAGCCAAUCCCCCAUCGACAUUCCCAAGGCGACUUGUAAAGCGCAAGGAGUGAAGACGACACAGCCCUUUACCAUAAACGGCCUGACGAAAAAGAUGACCGUUGACGUGGUGAACAAUGGUCAUUCGAUUCAGUCCAACCUACCAAAAGAUGCCGGCGUAAACUUCACGAUCGAUGGUACCACCUACAUUGCAGAGCAGUUCCACUUCCACUGGGGGAAGAAAGGAUCGGGCAAGGGCUCUGAGCACACCAUUGACGGGCAGGCAUUCCCUCUUGAACUCCACAUCGUCGCAUACAACAAGAAGUACAAGAAUGUUAAUGACGCUGCCGACAAGAGAGGCUUGGCUGUCCUUGGAUUCCUUUUCAAUAAGGUAAAACCCAACCGUUUCCUGAAAAAUCUUGUCAAAAAAGUGCCCGAAUUAGAAAUGCACUACAGUGGCACGAAGUCGCACCCACUGCCCGACUUCAGCUUUCAAGACCUGAUCGGCAAACACGUGCUCAAUGGUGGUUACUACAGAUACUCCGGCAGUCUGACCACUCCGCCAUGUUACGAGGGAGUCGAAUGGACUAUCUUUAAGAAGCAGCUGUCCGUCUCUGAAGAACAGCCUGGAACAGUAAGUGACUCCCAAAGUUAUCAGACAUUUAUACGUCUCAGGAUGGCAGUGUCUGCAGUCGUCGUAUUUCUGGCAUUGGCUAUAGCAGCUACUCAAGCUUCAGACUGGUCCUACAGCGACCCAGCCUCCUGGUCCGCAUCUUACCCCGACUGCGGUAAGUGGAGUCAGUCCCCUGUCGACCUCCCGGCGGGGAAGUGCUCCCACGGCGUCGGGGUAUGGCUGUACGGUUACGACAACAUGAUGACAGUGGAUGUUAUCAACAACGGACACUCAAUCCAAGUCAACCUGCCCAAGAACGCCUACGUCUACACCAAGAUCGGCUCUACUACUUUCAUUAUGGAACAGCUCCACUUCCACUGGGGAAAGGCUGGCUCUGGCAAGGGAUCAGAACAUACCGUCGGAGGACAGUCCUUCCCACUUGAGAUGCACAUGGUUUUCUACAACAUGAUGUUCUCCAGCGUGAGCGAUGCCGCCGACAAGGGAGGUCUCGCCGUCAUUGGAGUUCUCUUCAACGAGGGAAAUUCCAACCAAAUGAUCUCUGCAAUCACUAGCAUGAACCUUCAAGGCAGUCAUGACGCCAAGACUUCUCAAACCCUUUCCGGAUUCAGCCUGAACAACCUUCUGAACACGUUUGUGCUCAACCACGGCUACUACAGGUACUACGGCAGUCUGACCACGCCUGGAUGCUACGAGGGAGUCUUAUGGACUGUCAUGAAGGAGAAGCUCUCCGUCUCAUCUCCUGAGCUGAACGUCUUCCGCACCAAGACCGGCAUCGAGGAGAACUACCGCCCAGUACAGCCUCUCAACAGCAGGACUGUCAACUGCUACUAGACACCUAUAUAUCCGGUUCGGACACAACUAUACUCGAGGAGACCAUCGUCGAACGGCACAUCUGCAAUUACUACUUUGUAUAAAGAAGAGCUCUUUUGAGGAACUUCUAAUCGG